GAUCUAGAUUAGUUUCUACAAUCUAUAUUUUUUCUUCGGGAAACGGUGUCGUCUGGUUUAUACUAAAAAAAUUAAAAUAUUUAGAAUCUAGUUUAGAUCUAGAUCGACAUCUACAUGUGAAUGUCAUGAAUGUGUAAAAACAAAAGUUUAAAAAAUUUUGAUGAUUAAUAACUACUUUCAAGAAGGUAUUUGGAACCACAAUUUAAAAAAACAAUGCGAUUUAAUUCAAAGGAGUUGGCUCUUCUAGUACAGCAGACCAAUCAUUAUGACAAAGAAGGAUUUCUUUUAAUGAAGGACAAACAAGAUGGAUUCUUUAAAAAAUCAGAAGCAUACAUAAAUCGCUAUGUCAAGCUUAAAGGCAACUUACUAUUUUACUUCAAGAACAAAGAUAAUAAAGCUGAACCACUAGGAGUAAUUGUUCUAGAAAGAUGUGCUGUUGAACUGGCAGUUGAUCAGGAAACUACUAAUGGAUUUUUGUUAGGUUUUCGGAUUAGGGGGAGUGGCGAGUUGGCAAAAAG